AUGGGUAAUUGUAUGUCCAUUAUUAGUUAUUCCAAAUUCAAAUUAAAAAAAAAAAAAUUGGAGGAUUCGGAUGUGCAUUCAAACCCAGAUUACGAGAGCGCAACUGAUAGCAAUAUCCGUGAUAAAGAUGAAAAAAACAGAAAAGGAAAAGACUUAAAGCAUAAUCCAAAUUUAAACAAUUCCAAUUGCGAUAAAAAAAGUUUUAAUGUCAUCCAUGAACAUGAUACAAAUUCCAUAUAUUCAAGCAAUCCUGGUAACUUUGAUCAAAAUGAGAAAGAUGAACAAAAGCAGCCUGUUUCCAAUGAGGACAUUGGUUACCUACGAAGGGAAGAAUCGGAUCAUCAUAUGAUAAUCCAGAAAAACAAAAAGAAGAACAAAAAUAGUAACAAUGUGAUAGGAAAUGACGAGAUGAAUCAAAACGAGGGAAACCAAAACGAGGUGAACCAAAACGAGGUGAACCCAAAUGAAGUGAACCCAAAUGAAGUGAACCCAAAUGAAGUGAACCGAAACCAGGUAAACCAAAGCGAAGUAGACAGAACCAAGGUGACAAAAAAAACGAAAAAAGAAAAAAGCGAAUCCAAAUCUAAUAUAAAUGGAAAAGUAAAACGGAGCACGUCCAAAGACAAAAAUACAAAAGACAUAAUUCCCAAUAGUACGCAUAACGACAGAGAUAAUUCAAAAUCAAACGAAACACAUGAUUAUAAAGGAGAUGUGUUUUCAAAUAAGAAUUCCUCAUUUAAUAGCGAAUCAGUUAAUAGCAAGGAUUUGCAAAAAAGAAACAAAAGAGAGAACUUACUGAACAUAAAAUACAGCAAUAUGAUAUUAAAUGAUAUAAGAGAUGUAGACAUUAUUGUCGUUUUUUUAUUUAGUCUUUUCCUUUAUUUUAAUGCCAAUAAUAUAGUAGACAUGUUGGAUAGAAAUAAAAAGGAUAGAUAUUCUCUUAGGAAUUCAUUGAAUAUAAAUCAUGAUAUCAUAAAAUUCCCAACGUUUCCCAAAGAAAUUAUUGACAGUUUUUUGAAAAAUGAUUUUACUUUAUUAAAAAAAUAUAUAAAAAAUAAAUGUAAUAAGUUGAAGAAGAAGUAUAAAAGUACAUAUUUAAAAAAAGUCACAAUAAGUAACGAAAAGGGUGAAAAAGUAGAAGCAGGAGAACAGAAUCAAAUCGGAAAAACAAAUCAAAAGGAUGAAAAAAACACAAAAAAGAAAAGUUUUAAAUACGAAUUAAAAGAAAAAAAAGAAAAAUGCACUUUUUCAAAAAUUAUUGAAUCUGUUGAUAGAAAUGAAUGGAUUCAUAGAGACAUAACCGAAAUACCAUGUGAUCAAAAUUUGCCAGAUCUGAAAAUUACUUUUAUAGUUAUGGGGGCAUAUUGCUUUUACCAAAAAAACAUGAAACCAUUUCAAGAUAAAAAUACUUUUUUUUACAAAUCCCCAUCAUAUGCUUGUGAUGCAGAAAUUUCUGUUGCAUGUAAAAAAGGAAGAAAAUUAGAUUUCCCAAAUCAGGAUGAUUUUACAAUUAUACAAACUAAUGAAUGGAUUUUAAUUAUGGUAUUUGAUGGACAUGGGCCAUCUGGUCAUGACAUCAGUAAUUUUGUACAUGUAGUACUCCCUUUACUUUUUUCAUACAAUAUUGAAAGAAUAUUUGAAAACCCUGUUCGAACAAUGAAAACAUUAUUUUAUAUGAUAAACUGCUACUUAGUUAAUUAUUCCUACUGUAUAAAUAAUAAUAUAAAUCCAAUUAACAUAAAUUUUAUUGAUUAUAAUUUAAGUGGAACAACAUGUACAAUCAUACUCUACAAUUUUCUAACAAAAAAAAUUUAUUCUGCCCACACAGGGGAUAGUAGAGCUGUUAUGGGAAAACAAAAUGAAAAAACAAACACAUUUAGAGCUUAUAAUAUUACUGAAGAUCACAAACCAUCUUUAAAAUUAGAAAGAGAACGAAUUGUUGCAUUUGGUGGAGAAGUGAAAAAAUUGCAAGGAGAUGUUUCAUACCGAGUUUUUGUUAAAAAUGAAAUGUACCCCGGAUUAGCCAUGAGUAGAGCUAUAGGUGACAUUACUUCGUCUUUCAUUGGUGUUACUUGUGAACCUACCAUAAAAAUAUUUGACAAAUCUGAUGAAGACAAGUUCAUUAUUGUUGCAACAGAUGGUAUCUGGGAAUUUAUAAGUAGUGAGGAAUGCGUUCAGAUGGUUUCUCGAAAGAGGAAGAAGAAGGUGCACGUUGCCAUGGAAGAAAUUAUCAAGGAAUCUUGGAGAAGGUGGGAACGAAUUGACACCGUCGAUGAUAUGACACUGGUUAUUUUAUAUUUCUAA